GACAAUCGUCUGUUCUCUAGAUGUUCUCUAAACACAAUGGAAAACUUCUUACUCUUUGAUAUUAUUUAUUUCAUCUAAAAUACAUUUGUCGGCCUUGACACCGAUUUAACACCAUCGCCAAUCAAUAUAACUGUGAAAACAAAGUAAGCACAUUGAUGAUGUUACAGUGAAAUAUCAAUAUCAUCCAUAAUUCACGACAACAACCGACUGGACCUGAAAUGUGGAUUGUUUACCGGUUCAUUUCGCUUUUGAAUAAAAGGCUUUUCGAUUAAAAGAAGAUAUUAGCAGCUAAAAGUCGAAGUUGUUAGACAUCUAACAGCGGGCAUCUGUGUGAAUUCAUCUGCUUCAUCAAUAACAGGACUCCAGUUGAUGUCGAAACCAAACGUCACCCUGGAGGAAGAGGAGACAAAGAGAUGCUCAGCUGGGACGGAGUCAGAGGUACCACCUAACUUAAACUGUAAUGAUACCCCACGAGCCAUACCUGACAGGUUGAAAUUGGAACCAUCCAUCAUCGCUACGGAGACAAGCCCCUCCCCUUCUAGUAAUGGAACCAGCCUGCUGUCGUUGCCAUGGGAGAUAGUGACCCAGAUAGCCUCACACCUCCCGGCACAGUGUGUCAUUAAUGUUCUGCCAAAGGUAUGUCAGAUGUUGGGAAGAGUUGGCGAGGACCGUUUGGUAUGGCAGGUUCGAGCCCACAAACUCUCUGGCCCCGGAGCCUCUUUUCCUGUCGGGCCCAAGGAGGACUUUGAUUGGUCCACAGCCUGCUUGGAAAUGGAGCAGCUGAUUGGCUCCUGGACUGGGCAAGGGGAUCAGUUAGAUGGACAGGAAGAGAGGGAGAUACAUCAUGAAGAACUUGCAGGGGCAGUUGGUGGAGUGAAUGGUGAAGUGCAGGAAGCUGGGGGCAAUGUGGAGGAGAUGCAGGUGGAUGUUGAUCGGAAUGGUGAUGAAAUGAGGGUUGACGUGCAAGAAGAUUCCAAGGAACCUCCCAAGAACAUUGGAGAAAGAGAGGCGAGAGUUGAAGAUGGAGCCCAGAAUGACUCCAACAGUCUCCAGCGAUUGGAUUGUGAGGGCACUCCAUCCUCAAGCUCUUCUUCACCCUUGGAACGCAUCAUCCUCCCAUCUGGCCACAUUGCAGAUGUGAAUUGCGUUCUUCUGCUAGGUGGAGAGGGGGCGUUAUGUGCCUCCGGAUCUAGGGACCGAAACGUGAACAUUUGGGAUCUUCGACAGGGUCCCAGAGGUGCGCUAAUGCACACGUUAGGGGCACCUGGUGUCAUUAGUACCCAUCGGGGCUGGGUGUGGUGUUUGGCAUCGAGUGGACCUCUGCUGGCAUCAGGGUCAUUCGACAGCACUAUCAGGCUCUGGGAUCUUGAAGCAGAAGGAGCGGAGCUGGGACUCAUCAAAUGCAAAGCUGCUGUUUUGUGUAUGGCCUGUGAGAGAGACACGGUGCUGGCUGGGACACAUGAUCAGAAAUUAAGCAUCUUUGACACCCGAGCUGCAGAUCCAUUGGUCAAGAGUCUUCAUCUUCAUAGUGAUGCUGUGUUGUGCCUCACCUCCAAUGACAACUACAUCUUAUCCGGCAGUAAAGACCAAACCAUCGCUCUGUUUGACCGCAGGGCCGGGAAACUUUUGCAGAAAGUCCAGCUGAACUCCUACCUGCUGUCUCUGUGCUACAGCGGUCGAGAGGUGUGGGCCGGGGAUAACCGUGGACUCGUCCACACUUUCUCCAUGCACAACAGCUCCCUCACACCCACAUCCCAGUUUAACAUUCACACUUCACUGGUCACAGGUGUACAUUACUCUCCUGGAACUCUGUACACAUGCUCCUCUGACCGCACCAUCAAGAUUCACCUCCCAUGUGCUCCUCCCAAGACACUAUGUACACUUCACCAUCAGGCCGGGGUUAAUGGGUUAAGCUUUGAGGCAGGAACGCUGGCCAUCGCUUCUGGGGACAUGAAUGUAGCGGUUUGGAGACCCAGAACCUGAGGAGAAACUGCCCAAUCAGUUUGUCAUCUCAUAAUGAUGUCAUACUGUACACUUCAGAUC